GGAUCUGAACAAAACGGGAGGGAACCCACGUCACCCUCCGAUCCGACUCCAAUUUAUAUAUAAUCCCCUCUUUACCACUCUCAUUUCUCACAAAAAUCUCACUCUCUCAUUUUACAAUUUUUGAAUCUAUACUUUACUUCAGAUCUAAGGUGAAAAAUGAGGGAGAUCCUUCACGUUCAAGGAGGACAAUGCGGUAAUCAGAUCGGAUCCAAAUUUUGGGAAGUGGUCUGCGACGAGCAUGGAAUAGACCCAACUGGUAAGUACGUCGGAAGCUCCGAUCUGCAACUAGAGCGUGUCAAUGUCUACUUCAAUGAAGCCUCUUGUGGUAGAUUUGUUCCCCGUGCUGUUCUUAUGGAUUUGGAGCCUGGAACAAUGGACAGUGUACGGACUGGUCCUUAUGGACAAGUGUUUAGACCUGAUAAUUUCGUUUUUGGACAAUCUGGUGCUGGUAAUAACUGGGCUAAGGGCCAUUACACUGAAGGUGCUGAGCUUAUUGAUGCGGUUCUUGAUGUUGUUCGAAAGGAAGCUGAGAAUUGUGACUGUCUUCAAGGUUUCCAAGUGUGCCACUCUUUGGGUGGUGGAACUGGCUCUGGAAUGGGAACUUUGCUAAUUUCAAAGAUCCGAGAGGAGUACCCUGAUAGGAUGAUGCUCACUUUCUCUGUAUUUCCCUCGCCAAAGGUUUCUGAUACAGUGGUCGAGCCUUAUAAUGCUACACUCUCUGUUCAUCAGCUUGUAGAGAAUGCAGACGAGUGCAUGGUUCUUGAUAAUGAAGCUUUGUAUGAUAUCUGUUUCAGGACUCUUAAACUCACAACUCCCAGUUUUGGUGACCUAAACCACUUGAUCUCUGCAACUAUGAGUGGAGUAACUUGCUGCCUCAGGUUCCCUGGUCAACUCAACUCUGACCUCCGAAAGCUUGCUGUGAACCUUAUCCCCUUCCCUCGUCUCCACUUCUUUAUGGUUGGUUUUGCUCCUUUGACCUCUCGUGGCUCUCAGCAGUACCGUGCCUUAACAGUCCCAGAAUUGACUCAGCAAAUGUGGGAUGCCAAGAACAUGAUGUGUGCAGCUGAUCCAAGGCAUGGUCGGUACCUCACUGCCUCUGCCAUGUUCCGCGGAAAGAUGAGCACCAAGGAAGUGGAUGAGCAGAUGAUCAAUGUCCAAAACAAGAACUCAUCAUACUUUGUUGAGUGGAUUCCCAACAAUGUGAAAUCUAGUGUUUGUGACAUUCCACCUAGGGGGCUGUCAAUGGCAUCCACCUUCAUUGGAAAUUCAACCUCCAUCCAAGAAAUGUUCAGGCGAGUGAGUGAGCAAUUCACUGCCAUGUUCAGGAGGAAGGCCUUUUUGCACUGGUAUACUGGUGAAGGAAUGGAUGAGAUGGAGUUUACAGAAGCUGAAAGCAAUAUGAAUGAUCUUGUGUCCGAGUACCAGCAGUACCAGGAUGCUACUGCUGAUGAGGAGGGUGAAUACGAAGACGAGGAGGAAGAGGAGAUGGAGCAUAUGUGAAAGACUCGACUUGAUGGGGCAUAGCUACAAUGUAAAAGCUGAUUACCUUUGCUAUAUAAUAUAGUUUGUAUGUGGUUGUAAGAUAGGAGCAUGCCGUUUAACAAGAGCAUAAGAAAAUUGCCCAGAUUUUAAUGUGCCCAGUUAAGUAAUGGUUAGCGAAAGGCCAUAGUUGAAUAGAUGCUUGGAAGCUAUAUGAUUUAUGAUUAUUUGCUCGUUUGUAUGUGUUCGUUUUCUUGUAUUAUCAAGUAAAAAUCAUCAUUUUAGUAUUUUGAAUUA